AAAAUUGCCGUGAGCCGUAUAGGUGGAUAAUCCUUGCCGUGAGCGAACAUGUGGGAUUAUUUGUGGUUAAGGUUUUAAAACAGUUGGAAAUGGCUGGAUUUAGUAGUGAUGAAACUGUUUCAAUAACAAAAAAUGUAGACGUCAAGGAAAGUGAAUUGACUUCGACGCCCAUCGAGCUACUCGAGGAAGUUUACGAGUUGAAUAAGUGCUCGUCAUGGAUUGUUGACAAAGGUGCAAACAAGGUGUGCCUGCAGUUCCCCGAUUCGCUACUCCCAGAUGCUGCUGAGGUUGCGCUUUGUCUGGAGAAGAAACUUAGUCGUAAGGUGUACAUAUUGGGAGAUACGUCCUAUGGUAGCUGCUGCGUGGACGAGGUGGCGGCUGAGCAUGUGAGCUGCGAGGCCAUCGUCCACUUCGGUCACGCCUGCCUCAGCCCCACCCGGCGGCUGCCCGUCCUCUACGUGUUCCCCAAGAAGCCCCUGGACGCGGCCCACUUCGCGUCCUGCCUCAGGGACACCUUCCCGGACACCGCGGAGCGAAUACUGCUCCUCUACGACGUGUCUUACGCGCACCACAUAGACUCGCUGUCGUCGUGUCUUUCCGGCGAGUACGACAACCUGGUGGUGUCGAGGCUGGACACGGAAGGAAGCGACGCCGCGCCGAAGGAGAACCGGCUGGGCCGCGCGUGGGAUCUGGGCGCAGGGUGCGCGGAGGGGGAUUACCACGCGGUGUUCAUCGGAGGGGACGGGCGGACUCUGACCAACUUCGCUCUCACGAUGUCAGCGGCGUCGUUCCGGCAGUACGACCCGGCCUCGGCCGCGCCGGCCCUCGAGCGGUUCGACGCCCGCAGGAGCAGGUUCCUGAUGAGCCGGCUGUACCUGGUGGAGCGGGUGAAGGACGCCAGGACCCUGGGCUUGGUCGUGGGGACCCUGGGCGUGUCCCGCUACCUGGAGGCCAUCGGCCGGGUCAAGGCGCUGGCCGCCGGCCGGGGCAAGAAGUGCUACAUCUUCGCGGUCGGCAAGCCCAACGUGGCCAAGCUCGCCAACUUCCCCGAGAUCGACGCAUUUGUGUUGAUUGCGUGUCCGGAGAACUCUCAGAUGGACUCCAAAGAAUUCUACCGUCCAGUUGUGACACCGUUCGAAGUGGAACUAGCGUGUGGCGGUGAGCGGCCAUGGAGCGAUAACUACAUCACGGACUUCAGGGAUCUUCUGCCAGGUGGAAGGCACCAUGUGGAGGCCAGCGAGUGCCCUAACAGCGCAGAUACGGCAGAUGUCUCGCUCAUCACCGGCCGGCUGCGCAACACGAUGGGGCUCGCGCGGCAGGUGGAGAACGGGCCAAGCAGCACCGUCGCGCAGAGAGCGGACCUGGCAGUGUCGACCGCCUUGCCGUCGGGCAGCGAAUUCCUGCUGGCGCGCAGCUGGCGCGGCCUGGAGCAGGACCUGGGACAGACCGAGGCGAGGCUGGCAGAACACGGCCAGAGUGGCGUCCCGCAAGCAUACGCCUCCGACCGAGAAGCCCUGCGCCAGCCACGCACAUAGCUAGCUCACCAGGCAGUGAGUACCUGCUGGCACGGCCUGGGGCAGACCGAGGCGAGGCUGGCAGAACACGGCCAGAGUGGCGUUCCGCAAGCGUACGCCUCCGACCGAGAAGCCCUGCGCCAGCCACGCACAUAGCUAGCUCACCAGGCAGUGAGUACCUGCUGGCAGGACCUGAGGCAGACCGAGGCCAGGCUGGCAGAACACGGCCAGAGUGGCGUCCCACAAGCGUACGCCUCCGACCGAGAAGCCCUGCGCCAGCCGCGCACAUAGCUAGCUCAUCAGGCAGUGAGUACCUGCUGGCAGGACCUGGGGCAGACCGAGGCGAGGCUGGCAGAACACGGCCAGAGUGGCGUCCCACAAGCAUACCCCUCCGAUCGAGAAGCCCUGCGUCUGCCGCGCACAUAGCUCGCUCACCAGGCAGUGAGUACCUGCAGGUGUACGCCUCCGACCGAGAAGCCCUGCGCCAGCCGCGCACAUAGCUCGCUCACCAGGCAGUGAGUACAUGCUGGCAGGACCUGGGGCAGACCGAGGCGAGGCUGGCAGAACACGGCCAGAGUGGCGUCCCACAAGCAUACGCCUCCGACCAAGAAGCCCUGCGCCAGCCGCGCACAUAGCUCGCUCACCAGGCAGUGAGUACCUGCUGGCAGAACCUGGGGCAGACCGAUACGAGGCUGGCAGAACACGGCCAGAGUGGCGUCCCACAAGCAUACGCCUCCGACCAAGAAGCCCUGCGCCAGCCGCGCACAUAGCUCGCUCACCAGGCAGUGAGUACCUGCUGGCAGGACCUGGGGCAGACCGAGGCGAGGCUGGCAGAACACGGUUAGAGUGGCGUCCCACAAGCAUACGCCUCCGACCAAGAAGCCCUGUGCCAGCCGCGCACAUAGCUCGCUCACCAGGCAGUGAGUACCUGCUGGCAGGACCUGGGGCAGACCGAGGCGAGGCUGGCAGAACACGGCCAGAGUGGCGUCCCACAAGCAUACGCCUCCGACCAAGAAGCCCUGCGCCAGCCGCGCACAUAGCUCGCUCACCAGGCAGUGAGUACCUGCUGGCAGGACCUGGGGCAGACCGAGGCGAGGCUGGCAGAACACGGCCAGAGUGGCGUCCCACAAGCAUACGCCUCCGACCAAGAAGCCCUGCGCCAGCCGCGCACAUAGCUCGCUCACCAGGCAGUGAGUACCUGCUGGCAGGACCUGGGGCAGACCGAGGCGAGGCUGGCAGAACACGGCCAGAGUGGCGUCCCACAAGCAUACGCCUCCGACCAAGAAGCCCUGCGCCAGCCGCGCACAUAGCUCGCUCACCAGGCAGUGAGUACCUGCUGGCAGGACCUGGGGCAGACCGAGGCGAGGCUGGCAGAACACGGCCAGAGUGGCGUCCCACAAGCAUACGCCUCCGACCAAGAAGCCCUGCGCCAGCCGCGCACAUAGCUCGCUCACCAGGCAGUGAGUACCUGCUGGCAGGACCUGGGGCAGACCGAGGCGAGGCUGGCAGAACACGGCCAGAGUGGCGUCCCACAAGCAUACCCCUCCGACCAAGAAGCCCUGCGCCAGCCGCGCACAUAGCUCGCUCACCAGGCAGUGAGUACCUGCUGGCAGGACCUGGGGCAGACCGAGGCGAUGCUGGCAGAACACGGCCAGAGUGGCUUCCCACAAGCAUACGCCUCCGACCAAGAAGCCCUGUGCCAGCCGCGCACAUAGCUCGCUCACCAGGCAGUGAGUACCUGCUGGCAGGACCUGGGGCAGACCGAGGCGAGGCUGGCAGAACACGGCCAGAGUGGCGUCCCACAAGCAUACGCCUCCGACCAAGAAGCCCUGCGCCAGCCGCGCACAUAGCUCGCUCACCAGGCAGUGAGUACCUGCUGGCAGGACCUGGGGCAGACCGAGGCGAGGCUGGCAGAACACGGCCAGAGUGGCGUCCCACAAGCGUACGCCUCCGACCGAGAAGCCCUGCGCCAGCUGCGCUCAUAGCUAGCUCAUCAGGCAGUGAGUACCUGCUGGCAGGACCUGGAGCAGGACCUGGGGCAGACCGAGGCGAGGCUGGCAGAACACGGCCAGAGUGGCGUCCCACAAGCGUACGCCUCCGACCGAGAAGCCCUGCGCCAGCUGCGCACAUAGCUCGCUCACCAGGCAGUGAGCACCUGCUGGCAGGACCUGGGGCAGACCGAGGCGAGGCUGGCAGAACACGGCCAGAGUGGCGUCCCACAAGCGUACGCCUCCGACCGAGAAGCCCUGCGCCAGCCGCGCUCAUAGCUAGCUCAUCAGGCAGUGAGUACCUGCUGGCAGGACCUGGAGCAGGACCUGGGGCAGACCGAGGCGAGGCUGGCAGAACACGGCCAGAGUGGCGUCCCACAAGCGUACGCCUCCGACCGAGAAGCCCUGCGCCAGCCGCGCUCAUAGCUAGCUCAUCAGGCAGUGAGUACCUGCUGGCAGGACCUGGAGCAGGACCUGGGGCAGACCGAGGUGAGGCUGGCAGAACACGGCCAGAGUGGCAUCCCUCAGGUGUACGCCUCCGACCGAGAAGCCCUGCACCUGCCGCGCACAUAGCUCACUCCUUGGUCACUUUUGGAAAAAGUGGGAGACUAUUUUCAUGUUAGUAAUUUUACUACAUGUAACCUCAUUACAAAGUGCUAUUUUUUAAGAAUUUUUCAUUAUUUCUAGACCCCACACAAUGUUUUACAUUUAGUAACAUUUCAGUAUCAAGUAUGUACUUUCGUUAUUACUUACAAGAACUAUGUGCUUUUUCAUGUACAUUGUAACAAUAUUUCACUGUAUGGGCCAUCACUACCACCUUCCUCAGUUUGUUUUGUAACAAAAUAGAAGACUUCUGUUAAUGUUUAA